AUCAGUCAGUAGCCAUCAUGCUUUCGUCGCGGUCGGACGUCUUCACAAAAUUAACUGACUGUACCUUUCUUACGUGACCCCGUAGUUAAAACUUCGCGUGGUAUUCAUUUAUUUAAAUGAUCAACAGUGUUUAUUGUAAUGAAGGCGGUGGAUAUAAAUGCCUUGUGGGUGUUAGUUAAUAAAGUAAACACAUUAGACGUUAUUGUGGUAAUGUUUUUGUUAGUCUUUGUGUGACAAGGAUGGAUUACUUGCUCCCGGUCCUCUGGCUUAGCCUCUUUGUACAAGAAACCUUGCAACUCCGAAUAGUGCGGGUGUCGGUGCCGGCGUACAGGCUGCGCGGACAGACGGCGUCGCUCGAGUGCGACUACGAGCUCGGAGGGAGCAUCCUGUAUUCCGUGAAGUGGUACCGGGACAAUGAGGAGUUCUACCGGUACUUGCCCAAGUACGAUCCGCCGAAACACGCGUACAAGUUGGAUGGGAUUAAAGUUGACCUGGGCAGGUCGGACUCUCGUCGCGUGGUGCUGCAGCAGGUGACGCUCCGGUCCAGCGGCGCGUACCGCUGCGAGGUGUCCGCCGAGGCGCCCAGCUUCGCCUCCGCCGCCGGCGAGGGACGCAUGGAAGUCAUAUACUUACCACGGGAAGGCCCCAGUAUAACGGGCAACGAGGAGGAGAACCGCAGAGGUGAUUACUUAUUCCUCAACUGCACAUCGGGGAGAUCCUACCCCGCCGCAGAGCUAAGUUGGGACAUAGAUGGCGAAAAGGUGACGAAUCCGGAUCUGCUGGUGCCGUACGGCGCGACGGCGCACGCGCACGGGCUGGUGUCCGUGGCGCUGGGGCUGCUGGUGCCGCGCGGGCGCAGCAUGCAGGUGCGCUGCACGGCGCGCGUGGCGCCCGCGUGGCGCGAGGGCAGCGAGGCCGUCGUGGGCCACGGGCUGCUCGCGCACAGCAAGGAGGCCAUGCUCCUAGUUCGCAGCGCCGGGGAGCGCACACUCCACAGCGGCAUAAUGGUUAUACUCACUCUUCUGAUACGGACGGUUUUCAAGGAAUUUUAGUGAUUAGCCCCGCAAUAGACAUUUAUGAAAACUUGAGACUUCGUUAGCGUAAGUAAGAAUAAAGUUGGUUUCUUUUGUAUUGCUGCUUUUGUUUGCUCUGCUGUAGAUAGGGCGAGUAUUUUCUGGCUGUUGGAAAUGGAAAUUAGACUCGUUCUCAGGAAGAUGUUAAGUUCUACUACUUUAAUGCAAUACGAAUAUACAAAUUAUCGACGAAACAAUGUUAUAAUUUUGUUUAAAAAAAUAAGACCUAGGUAUUUAUUAUGAUUGUUAGUUAUUAUGUUUAUAAUGAUUGUUUAAAAUGGCUAAAAAGUAAAUAAAACAACUUAAUGAAUCAAAUUGUUUUACCUAAUAUAAUUUUUAAAUAGAAAAGUUUUAGAAUUACUGUGAAUAAUUGUAUGCUUUAGCGGAUAUAAAAUAGAUUUGCCUUCCAAAUUGUAAAAUAGUACCUAUAUGAAAUUAUAUUAUAGAGUAAGAUCUUGCAAAUUAUUUAGAAUUAUCAUAAUUAUUUUGUUGUACUUAUUGCUACUUUACUAUCGCCGAAGGUUUAUAAAUAAAAAUUGUAAAUAAACAUUUUCAAACUAACAC